UUGCAGAUCUCGUAAAUUGUCUUAAAAUGUCUGACCGCAAGGCCGUGAUCAAGAAUGCUGAUAUGUCAGAAGAGAUGCAGCAAGAUGCAGUAGAUUGUGCGACACAGGCGUUGGAGAAGUACAAUAUUGAGAAGGAUAUUGCUGCGUACAUCAAGAAGGAGUUUGACAAAAAGUACAAUCCAACCUGGCAUUGCAUUGUUGGAAGGAACUUCGGCUCAUAUGUUACCCACGAGACCAGGCAUUUUAUCUACUUCUACCUGGGCCAAGUUGCAAUCCUGCUGUUCAAGAGUGGAUAAACUUCCAUCCUACAUACUGUACUUUCCAGCAAACUUGAAUUAUUAUUCACAAUUUACAGUAUUCAUGGGGAAAUUGUUAACAAUUUACCAUAUCAGAGGAAACUUACCAAUUUAUCCUAUUAAAGGGGAACUUGUUAACGAUUCUCCCUAUUGGAGAGUAAUUUUGUAACAAUUUACCCUAUUGGUAGGAAACUUGUUAAUAAUUUACCCUAUUAAAGUGGAACUUGUUAACAGUUCUCACUAUUGAAGGGGAACUUCUUAAUAAUUUACCCUAUUGGAGGGAAACUUGUUAAUAAUUUACCACGUUGAAGGGAAAUUUGUUAAUAAUUUACCAUGUUGAAGGGAAAUUUGUUAACAAUUUACCCUAUUGGAGGGAAACUUGUUAACAACUCGCCAGAAUUGACUGAAACUUGUUAACAAGUCAUUGUCUCGGACUGAAAUCUACCAGAAAACCUAUGAAAAUUUCAAUCAAUCUUUAAAGACAAGAUCUUCUGGUUCAAUGUUUUUUUUUCUCCUUGUAGAGCUUAUAGUGAAAUAGCAUUUAUUAAUCCCUACAGCUCUCCUUUUCACUGUAUAUAUUAUUCAACUCGAAAAUAAAUUUGUGAAAUCUAUA